AUGGGGGGCUCCUCGCGGAUGGAGGAAGCGUGCGACAUGUACGCGCGGGCCGCCAACAUGUUCAAGAUGGCCAAGAACUGGAGCGCCGCCGGGAAUGCCUUUUGCCAGGCCGCCCAGCUGCACCUGCAGCUGCAGAGCAAGCACGACGCGGCCACCAACUUCGUGGAUGCCGGGAAUGCCUUCAAAAAAGCGGAUCCGCAAGAGGCCAUUAACUGCCUCGUGAGGGCCAUCGAGAUCUACACGGACAUGGUUCGCUUCACCAUCGCCGCCAAGCACCACGUUUCCAUCGCGGAGAUCUACGAGACGGAGCUCGUGGACAUCGAGAAGGCCAUCGCGCACUACGAGCAGGCGGCCGACUACUACCGGGGCGAGGAGUCCAACAGCUCGGCCAACAAGUGCCUGUUGAAGGUGGCCACGUACGCGGCGCAGCUGGAGCAGUAUCAGAAGGCGCUGGAGAUCUACGAGCAGGUGGGGACCAGCGCCAUGGACAGCCCCCUGCUCAAGUACAGCGCCAAGGAGCACUUCUUCAGGGCGGCGCUGUGCCACUUCUGCGUGGACAUGCUCAACGCCAAGCUCGCCGUGCAGAAAUACGAGGAGAUGUUCCCGGCCUUCAGCGAUUCCCGGGAAUGCAAGCUGGUCAAGAAACUGCUGGACGCCCACGAGGAGCAGAACGUGGACGCCUACACGGAUGCCGUCAAGGAAUUCGACUCCAUUUCCCGCCUGGAUCAGUGGCUCACGACGAUGCUGCUCCGCAUCAAGAGGAGCAUCCAGGGAGAGGAGGAGGAUCUGCGCUGA